GCGCCUUCCAACACUCAUGCUCUCGACAAGCAUCGCCGCGGUCUGUUCUCUUACGAAAAGGACCGCAAUCGCGACCUGAACGCCUUGACGCUCCGUUCAGUAUGGAGACCAGUGCAACAACCGCGUCCCCCACCGCGUCCGCGGUCACCCCACCGCUCGAUCUCUCCAAGGCGCUCCCUUACCUCCUUGCCAUCUACCGCUGGUCCACCCGCACCGCCCUCGCCAGCUUUCACCUUGCCUACCGCCUCAGCAAGUCCGCCGCCCUCCUCGCCCACUCGUCCUUCUUCAGCCACGUCGUCGGUGCCACGCUCUACCUCUGCGCGCCCCUCAUCGUCUUCGGCUCCCUCGUCUUUCAGGCGUUCGUGAUCGCGCCAUACACUACGAUCACUUGGAUACUCGAUCUAGCUUACCCGGUAUAUGUGCUCGUCGGCGUCGCGUGUAUUGUGGGAGGGAUUGUGGGCGGGGUUGCGAGGUUGGCCGCGCAGUUUGCGGUAGAGCAGUCCGUGCCGGGAGAGGUGCAAGGAGCACAAGCGACCCUAAGGAGCGUCGAGAAGCAGAGGAGUAGACCGGCUCGACCGAGAUGAGCUUUAUCUGGCUUUUGGCUAUGGCCCAUGACCUCUCGAUCCUCCCCUGUCAUCUUGCUGUGCAUGCUCCGCAUACUCUUCAUUGUGGAUGACAUCGCAUACUGCACCGAAACCUCGAAGCGCGCAUGUAUCCGACGGGAAUGUCGCGCUAUUAACUUCUAUUUGUUGUACUGUAUAUACCCAAUCCUGUUGUCUGCGAGCCAUACAGAACAGUUUUUGAGUCAGUAGUGCACGAGAACUCACGUCGAGUACAGGAUGGUAGAUACGCAGCAGCGGAAUACAGCUCGAAGUGCGAAUGUCAUUUAGCUUCCAGAAGUC